AUGUCGGAGGCUCCAAUCCAAGCGUACGACAAAGAGGCUCUCGUUCAACGAAAUCCACACGCAGACUUUCCAACGAUCGAAACCACAAGACCAAACUAUGAUCCCACGACUUUUUGGAACCCAACUAAGACUCCAAAACCAUCAUGGAAGCCUGGAGAUGGCGCUUCUAUGAAUGGCUGGUAUGGAAAACCAAUGGUUGCCAUUGAUCCUCAUCAACCAGGCAGAACAAGCAACCAGAACUACAAGUUAAUGAUCUUCUCCACGGUGCCUCGUCCAAUCGCACUAGUCAGCACGAUAUCCGCGGACGGAAAGCGUCAGAACUUAGCACCAUAUUCCUACUUCAACAAUGUGGCCAGUGAUCCGCCAAUGUACAGUAUCUCGUUUGCUGGGAAAGAAGCCAACGACAGUCUUACAAAUCUUUUAGAAACGGGAGAACUGUGUAUCAGCAUAGUCAGCGACUGGUUCUUGGAGGCUGCAAACUUCACCUCGGUAAACACCCCUCCUCAUCUGUCAGAAUGGCCACUCGCCGGGCUACACCCUCUCAAGAGUUCCAAGGUUCGACCGCCGCAUGUGGCGGAAUCUGCUUUCAGUAUGGAAUGCAAGCUUCAUAGCGUGACGCCAUUGUUCUCGAAAACAAAGGUCAACAACGAUGGAACUCCUGAGCGAGCGAAUACCUUGGUGCUGGUUGAAGCAGUUUUGUUCCAUGCAAGAGAGGACGCGAUUGACCGGAAAAGGGAGACCGUGGAUAUCAAGGUUUUGAGGCCUGUGUGGAGGGGUGGAGGGAUUACCUAUGGCACCUGCUUUGGAGGAUGGGAGACACCGAGACCAGACUCGUUCAGAGCGCUGAGAGAGACUCAGCCUAUCAAGGACAUCUUACAGACAAUCAAAUCCCUGGAAUGA